CCUCCCUCUAAGCCAAGCCUCCUUACUUGGUUCGCCGACGCAGCAAGACAAACUCUCCUCCAACUGUUGCGCAGUCCCGUACAGUGGCAUUAUGAGCGUCAGAGAUGAGUUUUAUGCCAGACAUUUGUUUCUUGAGCGAUUCAAAUUCUCUGGUGGACGUAAACAUGUCAUUCGCCGUUUGGAUGCAAUUAACGGUGAAGAUGCAGACUUUGUCUUUCAAAUACGCAAUUGCAAAAGGACCUACGUCUUGAAGAUGUACAAAUUCUACAGGUCGGAGUUGCACGCUUCUAAAUUGCCAGGCUUCGAGAAGCAACUUCGCUACGACCGUUUUCUGGCCGAGGGUCGGGCAUAUGGCAAGCUUAUCAAAGAGGGGAGAAAUGGUCUACAUACACCAACUUGCCAUGGUUGGGUUGAGGUACCGCAAGAGGUGGAAGUGCAAAUAGCCCGAAAGUUCGAUAUUCCAGUUUUUCUAUGGGAUCGCCCACCUGGAUCGCAGGAUCCAGUCCGCGGCAUUUUAUUUGAUUUUGUCGAGGGCGUGGACAUUUCAGAAGUCAAUCUCACUCCAGAAAUUGCCGCCUCACUCCGCUGUCGUCUGCAACAAAUACACGAUUGCGGCAUUGCGCAUGGCGACAUUCAAGGACAAAACAUUCUGGUUACACAACAUGGUCCCUGCUUCCUCGAUUUUGGCUCCUCCAUCACGCUACCCCAUCCAAGCUUUCCACCCCAUUUAAUGCCAAAUUUCGAGGAGCGUCUACAAAGGGACUUUCGAGACCUUGAAAUUGGCGUCGCCAUGUUGUCUCGCGGCAGUACGCUAGCGGAUAUGCCUCUGCUACACGAAUCUACGAUUGACGACCUGAUAAAUGAUUAUCCCACGGCGAAAGCGCGCUGGUUACCAAGGUCGAAAAGCUAGUAUCAAGUCUCCAUAUAUCAGCACUUUUGAUGCUCAUCGGUUGGGCGAAACCUCAAAGCGCACAUCUUGGAAUCGACAUUGCGCAUGGACAUGUCACUGACACUUGCGGGCGACAAGCAACGCCAGCACUAUCCAAAUUAGAGUGGACUCGGGGCACAAGAGGCCACGACCGCACGAGAUACGAGACCUGAAGCGACAACAAACCGCAAGAGCAAGGAACUAGAUAGGCUGAUCACCUACGCCAACCGAAACACAGCACCCCCAAGCCAGCCCCUAUCCUUCCGAAUUGCCUCACAGGCAGCUGCCAAGCAGCAUUCGAUCUUGAUGCCAUAUGACCAUGAUGCGUCCGAGUGAGUAGCGUGGGGUCGGGGAAUCAACCGUAAAGGAGCAAAUCUAGGUGGAAGAAGGACGCAGCAAACUAAGUCGGCCUCUGAAAUCAAAGGAGAAGUUGUUAUGUACAGUAUUGAGGUAAUUCUUGCUACAUAAGAAGGCCCAUACCCUUCAACUGCACCCUAUAAAGUGCGAUAAUGGUUGACUUUCGGCUUUCCGCAACCACGUCAACUUAUCCCAACUCUGCUAUAGCUGCCUGUUGGACGCCUAAGGCUGCUCUGGCUAUUCAAUACGAG